UAUAUGCGAUAUAUACCCGAUAUAUACCCGAUACACACAGUAACACCGUAGUAACCAGCAAAGUCAGCAGGCGUAGGCGGAUUCGAAACCGUUGCACAACUGCAUUUCGACAGGAAAAACAAUAAGUCGUCGAAGAAGAGUACCCAAUCUGAUCCCAAAGAGUGUUUAAAAACCAAUUUUCGAUGGGUUAAAAGGCCAAAAAGAGCAGAACUUAACCCUUUGGUGGUGCGGUGUGCGCCUGGUUUUUUUUAUUUGCGAAUUUCGCGUCGUCUGGUUUCCGUUCCCGUGGCCGUGCCAAAAAAAAAUCGAUAAUUCCGUGCUGUAUAAGUUACGGCGAAAGGUGUCCGUUCGGGAUUUGAGUUCGGGUGUUUUGAGUACUACGCGGAAGGACCAAGUGUGCGCGAAAGAGAUUGUAGGAAAGAGAGAUUGCCACUCACAAUACAAAACUCAAACCUACAAAUUCAAAGUUCGAAAACCUACAUCUGUUGUAACCGGUUAAAAAAUUGAAAUAUUUUGAAAAACAUGUUUUAAAACAAUCUAAAAUCCCUAGUGUUAAGAGAACUAUCUAACCGCUGCGGUUACUCGUUAACUACGGAUUUACAACCAAAGAGAGAGAGAGAGAGAACGUAAAUUGCAUUUUUGCACAAAAGGGAAGCGCCGCUUACACUUUACACGCGCGUAAAGAGAGCGGAGAGAGAAGAAUCGCAAAACGAAGCAGCGCGUAAAAAUAACAAACAAAAAUACAUGCGGAGGCGUAUAAAUAGAAACGGCGUGCAAGGCGCAACGGCAAAAAGUCAGUAGUAUGUAGUAAUAGUAGUAGGAAUAGAAGGAGAAGCGGAAGGAGGAGAAGAAUAACGUCGACCGCGACGCCGACUGCGACUGCGGCGUCGUAGUAAGUUUUCUCCUCUGUGUGUGUGUGCGCGCUGCGUGGGUGCAUCGUUGUCGCAGUGUGCGUGCGGCAUGUGAAGCGAAUAAAGGCCAAAGCAGAAAAUCAUGAUAAAGUUUGUCAGGCAGAAAAAUCGAGAAAACACACUAAGGGCAUCCAAAAAUUUUAUGCGUAAGAAGCGUGAAUCGAAUGACUCUGGCACAGAAUCUGAUGGUGAACUCCUCGAUGUGGAAAACCAACGUCACUUAGACGUGGAAAUGGAAACUAGUGUUGCUGGCCAAAAACCAAUCGCUCCUGAAAUGAUGUGUCACCAGCAGACGUCGUCAUCCUGUGCCCAUCUCAUGUACGACCAGCACAGUUCCGAGGAGGAGUUGGAGGUGAUCAAUGGGCCGUCCUCGCAGGCGGGUCAGCAUCCCGGCGGAACAGCGGCCACGGGCUCCUCGUGCGCCUCCCGGAUCUCGAACCGCGGAUGCACUUCCUCGCUGGACACGGAGGCGCCCUACGAGGAGCGGGCCACCACCUCCAACUCGAAGCGCUCCAGCUCCACGCUGAUGGUGGAGAACCGCAAGCGAUCGCUGGCCCACAGCUCCGACGACGAGUUGCGCAACUCGCUGGAGCCGAUCUUGACGCCCGUGAAUUUUCGCACAUCGCCGCCAUUGGAGGCAUUCAAGCCAAAUCGUAGCCAUAUGAUGUUCCGCUCCACAACGCCACUGAUAUUAUCGGAGGCCCGAUGUGGCAUCGAAAAUAUUAAAUUAUGUGAUAAUAGUGUAAACGAGGAGAAUGGCGACAACGGCGGUGGCGGCAACGGCAGCAAGUGUGCCAAGAUUGGUGUGGCAGGCGCCACCGGAACCGGAAACGGUGGCAACGAGAACGAACCGAGUGUGAUCAAGGCGUGCAGCAGCUCGCUGAAGAUGAGCAACAGCAGCCAUCACAUCUACCAGCCGCAGCCAAAGUACAGUUUCCACUACAACAGCUCGCGGAGCAGUCCGGCCAGCACCACCGGACUGGACAUGGAGGUGCGAUCGGUCAGUCCGCCGGCGAAACUGUUCCACUGCGCCAUAUCGCCCAGGCGGCGACCCAGCAACAAUGCCACAACAAUAUCACCACCAUCAUCCGCAUCUGCAUCUGCAUCUGCAUCUGCAUCAGCCGCCUCAACAACAACGACACACAAUGCUGCCAAUUCCGCCGGAAAUGCGGCCAACGUCACCGCCGUCGCCACCCAGAGACUGCAGCGACCGCACCGGCCGUGUUUAGAUUUUGAUAAGAUGCAGCAGGUUAGUCUCUAAUGCUAACACCAGAGCAGCCGGAGAAGUCGGAAGAUCCGGAAUUCGCGGGAAUAGGACGAGCAGAUGGAUGGUCAGUGGAAACGGGGGGCAAAUCAAAGACUUUUUAUACGAACCAAACUGAACCUGUACUCGGCGGACAGCCUAGGGGUUAGUAGGAGACCUCGGCUUCAGCAGCAGCAGCAGCAGCAACAGAUUCGAGAUUCAGAUUCAGACAGCAGAGGAAAAUAUCAUCAAAUCAAAUUAUAUAAAUCUAAAGGUAAUUCAAAUUUUAACGCAAACCAACAAAACCAAGAGAAACCUAAAAUUUACAAUAGAUGCAGCUAUUUUUUCACAAUUUUAAACUGAAAAACUGUAAACAAACAAACACUGUAAUGCGCAGGGGGAUCGAAUCGAAAGUUGAUGCAAAAACAAUAGAUUUAAAGAAGCUCCGGUGUGUAAAGAUGAUCGAAAUUGAUAUAGAGGGGGUGUAAAGAAAGUCGUAUGCUAGCCGUACGACAGAAAGGAUCACAAAGAUGAUUAAAAAUAAUCUUAAGGAAAAGCUCUGGGUGUAAUGAUUUAGAUGAUAAAAGGCCAGCCAGUGGAAACUGUGAACUGUAAAUAUUGUAUUUGUGUGGGAUAAACCAAAAAACUUUUGAAGAAUUGGCAUGCCAUCGACGGGGAGAAACCGAAGAAGCGGAGUAGAUGUAUUUUAAUUUUUUUAAAAAUCCGACGAAAAACACUUGUGGUGAUGUGGCAGAAGACUCAAAACUUGAAGAAGAGAAGAUUAUAUUUCUAUAAAAUGAAGGAAAGCUGGAAAAACGGUGAGCGGCCAGAGGGAAAGCGGGAAGUUGGGAGAAAUGGAGGGAAAAUAGUGUGGCAAACACUUGGGACGCAGAAAUAGCAACAGCAACAAUGUGAAGCAACAAUAGCAACUGAAAUAAUAUAAAACAAGCAAAAAACAUUUUGUAUGAGAAACGGGGAGCCGAAAGAAAAACUGUCGCAGCGACAGGUGAAAAACAGUUAAAUUAUGUGUUUAAUGUACAACAUAAAAUAGCGAGCUAUUUUAUAAACAAUAUUCAAUUUAUCCACAAUUAAGAGAAACGACAAACAACAAAACCAAAAAGCUGCCAUCAAGAUUCAUGCAUACGAUUAAAGGUUUAGUUCUGGGCUCGGGAUCCAAGCUGAAUAGAAAAGAUUGUAUUUUUACUAGCUUGAAUACCGAGCCCUACCAAUAUGAUUGAUUGAUUGAUGAAGACUACUUAACAAUUGGGAAAUGUUUGCCAGCUCAUAUGUGUAUUAGUCAAGCAUAGUUAUUGCCUUUCUUUGUCAAGUAAAUGAAGAAACAAAACGAAAACGAAUCAUCGCAGCAAGUAAACCCAUAUUCAAUUCAAUAAAAAACCAAAUGAUACGAAAAAAA